AUGGGACGAUUUACUCAACUUGAAAUCCGGAACGCGCCUAGCAAAGAUCAUGCCACCGCGAUCGAGGACUAUUUAUAUCGAUGGACUAAAUAUCUCCCUGAACAACUCCGACUGAACCACAAGGUUCACACGUAUCAAUCCAUAAAACCUUACAUUUUGGAGAGUCGCCAGCUCAAUGUCCUUUACUUGACUACGAUUUUCCUCUUAUAUCGCCUAAAGACCCUCGAAGGCUCAUUUCCCACCGCUGCUGUGAUUGCGGCAUCAACGCUAGCAGGAGUGUUUGAAGACUUUCUAGCUCGUGACGAGGUGCGGGACCUCAAAACCUUAGCCCUAGCUCAAGAAGAGAUGAAGAAGUGGCCCUCUGCCAAUGGGAACAUUGCCAGCACCGAUCGGAUGUACAAGCUUACGGUGGCCACACAGAAGAAGGCUACGGGAUUGCCUGAGAGCACUCUAACGCCAUAUCAGGCUGAAUUCUUCGGAGGUUGCGACUUGACCUUGUGUCGAAUGUCUACCAUCCUGGCUAGGAAGCCUGAAGCCAGUGGUGGUGAAGAUCGAGGAGAAGUGCAUUUCAACACGACCAGCCAACAGAUACUUCCCGUGACCGGAGAUCCAAGUGAUUUAAUCCCCAUGCCACCGCCUCAAUACAACCAGAGUGAUGGCCUUGGGCAGAAGUCUCUUCCAGAACCACCAUCAGAUGCUGAUGAGCCCAUGACGUUUGACAAAAUAUUUCAAGAAGAGGUCGGUCAGUCUAAUGGUGCUAUUGGAGACUGGCUGUUCUGGGAUUCGCUUGCCUUCGAUGCGAAUUGA